AUGGUCAAAUCCAAAGACACCGUCAUCGACGAAUUCAACUCCCUCGUCAACAUGACGCCCAACGAACUCCGCGACUGGCUCAAAGGCACCCAGUCGCAGUCCUCAGGCUGGACGAAUGAGUCGUCCUCGUCGGGGGAGACGAUUGGACAUGAAAGGCAUGCCAUCACCUCCAUCCCUUCUUCACUACUACUAUUACCUAAACCAAAUCAUUACAUCUCAUAUCCCCUUGGUUUUAUUCAAGCUAACUAUAUGUUAAUAACUUUUGGGUAUGACAGCGGCCGCAAAAUCGUCUCCAUCCUGGAACACAACCCGUCCAAAGACCCAUCGGGGUACUCCGACGAAGACGUCGAUCAUAUGCGCAAGGUAGUGUCGUACUGUAAACGGCAUUUGGCGCAGGAGGAGACGGCGAAGCAGAAUACCGAUAGUAAGAGUUAUAAGUCGUUGAAGAAUUGGGGGCAUGAUCCGUUGAAGGGAUAA